AUGGCGCCCACACCGCAGAGCCGCUUCCUCGAGGGCUCCAUGAACGACCGUGCCAGCAAUGCCCCGCCACCCGAUUUCCUCGGCCUCGAUGCCGAUGCCACCGCCGAGUAUGAGCGCCAGUUUGCACUGGACUGGCAGCCGCCGGAUCUUGGCCUUCGCCACCACGGAACCCGCCAUAGCUUCAUGAGCGUCAACUCGGCCGUGUCCUCGGCCACGACGACCCGCAGGCAGAAUGGUCCCUCCUUUCUCGCGCCGCUGUGGGGUGGAGUCAAGGAGAGGCUGAGUCUGAACCGCUCCAAGUCUUCCAACAACGUUCAUGACCGCGACGAGGACAGCAGUUGUCACGGCCACUUCAUAUCGCCCACCUUCAAGCAUCAGAGGUCGGAAAGCAUCAAUGUCGGCAGGCGCUCGCGACAUGCUGACGCGGACUCGCUCGCUGCCAGUGGCGACGGCGCCAAGCUGAAGAAGUUCCCCAGCGCAGCCGCCAUCCCCAGCGCUGCCAUCCCCGACGCCAGCAUGCCCGGCCCGGCCGUUUUCGACCCGACCAAGCGACCGACACGCGACGAGAUCGCUGCGAACUACCAGAGCCUGUUAGCUAGUGGCUUCUUUGGGAACCGUGCCAUCCAGUCCACGAGGUUCUCGCCGCCCGGCCAAAUGCAGAACCGGUCGAGCCUGCCCUCUGCCGACUCCUUCGCACAGCGCGUCGCUGAGCAUGAUCAACAAGAACAGCACCACCAGGACGCACCCGUGCUUCCUCCCCCGGAGCGAAAUCCUCCACCGCCACCCCCAAAUCGGGAAGCACCGCCGCCGCCUCCUGUCGCGUCGGUGGACGCGACAUCACCGUCCUCGUCUGCAAGUGUGUCAUCAGGCUCGGUCGCCUUUUUCCCACCAGGCUCCAAGGAACAGCAACAAGCAUCAAGGGAUAUGCCACCACCUCCGUCACCGCCGAAGCAGAGAAAGCCCGGUCACAAGCCACCUCUGUCUUUCUCCUCAGUGCCGUACACCUCGACACGCCCUGCCAACGAGCCUUCUGUCUCGCGUCCAUUCCGGCCUCCGCCAGUGUCACUUGCUAGGUUCUCGUUGGACUCUGGACGGAGGAGCUUUGAUUUCCAGCUGCGCAACGACUCGAACCGGGGCAUCAAGCGCCCUUUUACGGCCACAAACGACUCCGAGAUGUCCCUCGACAGGCCAUCGUACGACAUCAUCAACGGUGACGGCAGUGGGGCGAUGGUCACUGCUUCGGAUGAUGGCAGUCACGAGAGCGGCGCGCGCAAGCUGGUCAAGAAGCUGCGCAAGUCUGCCAGUCGCAUCUCAAUUGACCUGGGCAAGAGCAUCUCGCGGCCAGCUUCGUCAAACUUCGAUGCAAAUGAUGGCGAUGCAGAAAUCACCGACUCAUCCACACUUCCUCGAAAGUCAAUGUCAUCCUCCAUCCGGCGAUCUUUCAGCUGGCGUAUAGGACGAUCAGCCCCGGACAGCAAGGAUGACAGCAGGCACGGAGAUGCCACCGGCAGUGGCGACAGCACUGACAGAGUCGUCGCAGCGCCCGCUGCGCCCCAGUUCAAGAGCGAGCGCUUCGUACCACCGUCCCUGUCGGUGAUCAUGGACGCCCCCGAGAGCCCGGAGCGGAACAAACUCAAGAAGAGAGACAUCCGCGGCCGCCGCCUGCGGCGCCAGGACGCGAACAACAGGUCAUUUCCCGCACCGCCUCUUCACCGGGGCCCAUCCCCGUUCCUCUCGCCGCCGGGCGAUGGCGACGUCGCCAUGACGAUGGACUGGCAGAGCACACGGCACUCGGACAGGAGCAAGAGCCGGAGCCGGAGCAGGCCGAGGCGGUCGGAGCUAUCGAUGAUGAUGAUGCAGUCGCAGUCGCAGUCCCAGCCACAGUCACAGUCACAGUCCCGCCCGGGCACCGCGCACAGCACCGACAGUUCCUUCAGUUUCACCACCAGCAGCGCGGCCGCCUCGUUCGAACCCCGCCGCAGCGCCGAGGUGGCAGCUGCCGCAGACGACAGGAUGGACGGCGUCGAGACCGUCGAGUUCGUCAUCCCGUCAUUCCACUUCCCCAACCGAAUCCGUCCGGGGAAUCCGCUCACAGUGAUCCCUGAUGCCAAUCGCGGUAUCCCUAGUGUUCCCAACAUUCCGGGCGAGUUCAGAGACGUUAAGAUCGUCGCGAGGGAACGGGGAGAGAAUGGGGAGGACGACGUCGACGGCGACGGUGGUGGUGGUGGUAGUGGAGGCACAGGCGGGCGCGUGGCACAGCCCGCAGGCCGUGUCUGA